CUUCUUUUCUGACCAUGACAAUAACAGCUGCACAAAAGACAGCUAUAGAUGAAGUCAUUGAAAUUAUAGUUGCAACAACUCCAGCUCGAGGAAAACGUCAAUUAUCUGAAUUGUUUAUGGAUCUGGUCGAUAGAUCAGAAUGGCCUGAAUAUUAUGAGGUCAUACCCGAACCCCGAUGUAUCAACGCCAUCAAGUCAAGCGUUGAACGGAACAGAUACAAGGACGCGCUCAACGCUUAUACCGAUCUGUCGCUCGUCUUUUGGAACGCGUUGUUCUACAACGAACCAGAUAGUCAAAUUGCUACUGAUGCGCAGACUCUCAAAACCGUACUCGAAACUGAAUGGCAGAAGAGAAGCAUUCUUCCCGUGCCCCGACACUCGCCACCUCCCUCAUCUGCUCAAAAGGUCCACGGAACGGGUCCCGCUGCACCGCCGCAGCCCUUUGUUAUGCAGCCUUCUACUUCUACAACAACCAAACUAAGGACAACAGCCCCAACAUCCGCUGUACCUCCAGCUUCCGAAUCACAGACCGCCAAAUCCACUCCUCUAAAGGGACCAGUGACUGCAGAAGAAAGGGUUGGGGAUAGUGAGGCGAUCGGCCGUCAGCUUGAGAAAACUCUCCCAAGAUGGCAAGGCGUUGGUGAACUAGGGAUGUCCGAGGUCAGCAAGGACCGACUGGUCGAAAUUGUGCACAGUCCUCCUAAGACUCACACGCACGAGGACAAUCGUGACCGGACCAUGCUGACCGCGGCAGGGAAUUUGACUGUUCCCCCAAUUGUCGACAAGCUUCCCCCCGAAACGACAAAACAUUUCGAUCGCUCUCCAGACACAAACGAGCUGUUCUGGUUUUCCGCUCCUCCAAUGAAUACCGCGCGAACACCAGCCCCACAGCAUAGUCUGACGUACUUGCAUUUCUUGGCGACGAAACGCAAGAAAGAACUCGGCGCGGACUCGGACGUCAUGGAUGUCGACAGUGAAGCUGCAACAGGUUUUUCAAACCGACAGCACACAGUUGCGCCUCCAACGGUUACCGAAUUUCUGCACGCAGCCAUAAAUUCAGCAUCAACCGAGUACCUUUAGACAAUUCAUCUGUUCCCAUCGACUUAAUUACUACCCAGAAGGAUUUCAUCCUUUUGAUAGCUCUUCCAAUGCUAUUUUCCAACAUUGUCCAAUUUAUUCGUCUAAUUUAUUCUGCAUUUAUUCCGCACUAUUUAAGCACAAACUUGAGUCGGGAAGAACUCAAGCCAUCUGUGUAAUGUCUAGGUGAAAUAUACUGCAACUUAUACUGGGGUCAGGUGAAGUCAAGUUGGACGUAAGUCAUAUAUCCACGCACCGAAAUAUCUUGAUUGUUACUAGAUGUCCUUAGUGUGAGACGUUGAUACUGAUAGGUUACCCGAUUCUACCACUACCUUUACGACUACAUCGCGAUAGGUCAUUAAUGCAGUCUUGAAUAAGUACAUCCUCGUGCCGUUCAAAUCCGCGGAGA